AUGAGUCAAAGAAACUAUGGAAGAAUUGUAAAGGAUGUGUUUAACAGCGCUAGAAGUGGAAGGAAGGGUUUGAUAGACAAAGAUGACAUUAACUGCAGAAACAUGUAUGGAGUUUCCGCGCUGAUGAUGUCUGUUAUGCAAAACAACAUUUUGGCUCUAGAAACUUUAAUAUCUGCAGGCGCUGAUGUUAAUUUGACGCGUAACAAUUCAAGGUAUAUCACAGCUCUUACGAUAGCUGUGGAAAAAAACAGAGUUGAAUGUGUUAAAGAACUGGUCAGGGCAGGAGCUUUCUUUACGUGUGAGCGAGGGUUGGAGGCUUUAAAGAUGGCGAGGGAUCAAAACUUUUUAGAUUCUGUUGUGGAAGGGGACAAAGUACUUAACUCAACGUCUCACGAACAGGACGAAUUACUAAGUCCAACGUCUCACAAAAACAGAAACGCAUUUAUAAUAGCAUAUGAAAAUGAGUGCUUUGAUUUGCUUGUAGAUUUAAUAAACAGUGGCAUUUCAACAAACAUUGCAAAGUUAAAGUUUGAAGAUUUCGCUAGAGAGGAAGUUUUUAAUGUACUGACUAACUCACCUAAAAUUGAUAUUAAUGGACACUAUUGGGAGGGACAAACUAUGUUAAUGAAAGCUGUUCAAACAAACGCAAUAAAUAUUGUAAAAGCUCUUAUAGAAAAAGGAGCUAAUAUCAAUCAUGCAGACCUGAAAGGAAAUACAGCUCUUCAUUUUGCCUAUGGGGGAAAAUCUGAAAUUAUUUCUCUACUUCUGGCAUCGGGAGCUAAAGUUGAUGUCAAAAACUCAGAAAAUGAAACACCUCUUCAUGUUGCAGCUAAUACAUCAGACACAGAAAUGAUGAGUAUUCUUAUUGAUGCAAAAGCAAACAUUAAUUGUUUAGAUAACGAUAAAAAAACACCACUGGCUAUCUGUGUUGAAAACUAUUUAUACAAUGGUAAUAAAAAUAUAGUUGGCCUACUGAUUCAAGCUGGGGCUGAUGUUAACAUAGCGGAGGCACAAUGUUAUUAUCAUGGCACACCAAGUCUCGAUAAGACUAUUUUACAAGAAGUGAAAAUCUUUGAUCAGGAUUCACGUGUUAGAAUGGUCACACCAUUACACAUAGCAGCACGACUUACAGGAAAUAUUCUAAGAGAAUUACACAUAAGAGCACGAAAAUGUGGGUUUGUCAUCACCCCUUCAUGCAUGCCAGCAGAAUUAUCUCUUCAAAACAAAUCACUAAAAUCAUUUGAAAUUGUCAAUAUACUUCUUGAUGCAGUGGCGGAUGUUAAGGCAAAAGAUGGGAAUGGUAGGACGCCUUUGCACAUUGCAACGAUAUAUGGGAAUUUCGAAGUGGCGAAAUUAUUCUGUCAGGUCGGUGCUGAUAUAAACGCUGUGGAUAAGUAUGGAAGUACCCCUCUUUUUCUUUCGUUACUUUACAAGCAUAAAGAGCUAUCCAAAUAUUUGAUGGAGUCCGGGGCGGAUGUAAACUUGAUGAGUGAAUCUCAAUGUUCGCCUCUACACGUUGCUGUGUUAAACAAUGACACAGAGCUUGUUGAAUUGUUGAUUAAACAUGGAGCUUUAUUCGAUAAUUGUGGAAAAUCUGAGUUAUUAUUGUCUCUCAAACAAAAAAACUCAGACGUAUCCAUUUUCUUACUUGAAAAUGGCGCUAAUGUCAACGUCAAAGAUGAUACUCAGACGCCUGCAUUAAUAAUAGGUUUAAAGCUUAUGAAUUUGGACAAAAAGGAAGUUUCACCGUAUAGCUAUCCUAGAUUGAUUGAGCCAUCUUUAUUUUUAUAUGGACGUAAACGUACGUAUUGUUUAGAUACUGAUGAGGACUCAACGCCCACAAAAGUUUUUGUCACUGAUAAAGAAAGUAUAAAAAUAAAACCUCUAAUCGUGUCUAUGCUUCAGCACGGUGCUAAUGUUUCUUUAGCUGACCAGGAAGGCAACGCUUGUCUACAUGUAGCGGUUGAACUUCGUAACCAAGAUAUUUUAGAGUUGUUGAUUCGUUACAAUGCAGAUGUAAACCAACAGAAUAUAAAGGGCGAGACGCCCCUAAUCAAAGCUUGUAAGAAUGGCUAUCUUGACGCUGCCCAGUUGUUACUUAACGCAGGACCGAAUGUGUUUUUGGUUGAUGAAUUAGGAAAUACAGCUUUGCACUAUAUAGCAAAAAAUAGACAUGAGUUACUCCCCUUAACUGAAGCCAUUUUAUCCAGCAAUCGAGGACCAUGUAACCAGCUCAAAAAAGAUAAUACUGAGAAUUAUUACGAUGAUACCAUUAAAAUUGAUUCAAAGGAAUGUGCUAAAUCAAUUGAAACCGAUGCUUUCACAGACAGUUUUAUUAACAUGAAAAAUAACGAAGGAGAAAGUGCCCUUCAUAUUGCUUGCGAAUUAGGGCAUACUGAAAUAGCCAAACUAUUAAUUUUAAACAACUGCGACAUAGACUGUACCAAUACCUCAGGAAUAACGCCUCUAAUGAUUGCCACACAACAUGUAUCUACAUAUAUUGCUCAGAUUUUAAUCGAGAAGAAAGCAAACAUAAACAUUCGAAACACAGAAGGCGAAACGGCGCUACAUUUUGCAGUGAAGAAUAAUAAUUUCCACAUUGUGUGUACAUUACUUGAGCAAGAAGCUAACAUAAAUGAACCAAACAAUGCAGGACAAACUCCACUUUUCUUUGCAUACAAUUGUAAGAUCACAGAAUAUCUUAUUGAAAAGGGAGCUGAAAUAAACCUUCAAGACAAAAGUGGAGAAACCGCUUUGCACUUAAUGGCCAAAAGUAAGGAAUACGCCGUGUAUAUAUUAUUAGAACAUGGCGCCAAUCCAAAUAUUUCAACGCACGAAGGACAAACACCUUUAAUGUACGCUGCGAAUAAAGUCGACUUAGAUCUAAUGAAAGCUUUAGUAAAACACAGGGCUGACGUCAACAGUCUAGACUGUAAUGGAAGGAAUGCUUGCAUGCAUGCUGUUAUGGGUGUUAAAGGCAAAUCUAGCUCGUAUCUUGAGUACGGGGAAUAUUUUUCAGUAAAAGGCAGUCUCUUUAAAAUGAUUGAAGUACUUGCUUUAGCUGGCGCUAAAUUAAAUUUAUUAGACAACGAAAACCGGUCCCUUAUAGUAUACAUUAUUUUAAAUGUUGAAAAUUACAUUAAAAAGGCUUGUAUUGAAGAGUUUCUUAAAUAUUAUGUUGAUCCUGUCAUUCAUGAAAAUCACAGAUAUUUAUUAAACGAAUUUUAUCUGUGGGAGCGCUGGAAAAAUAAUUUGGAUUUAUGUAUGCAUAAUAUUCUAAAAGAUGGUUCAUCAUUGCUUUUUCAAUUAUUCCUAAUUAAUGGAAUUGCUUUAAGCCAUACGGCUAACAUUUUCACAUAUUCUUGUAAAUCAAAUAUUGCCUGUGCCACUAAGAACCUAAAGUAUAAUUUUGUUAGAUUCUUUUUGGCCACCGGUUAUAUUUUUAAAUCUGAUGUAAAGUGCCUUUGUCGUAAGCUUCGUUUUAAAGACGAAUCUCAUGAGUUAGCAUUUGCCAAAAGAGAACCCUGGCCACUGGUCAAACUUGCUUUUAUUGAAGUCUCCACCUUACUUGGGACUGGACCUAUGAGAGAAGAAAAACUAAAACAGACCAAACUCCCACCAAGAUUACAGCGAACGUUGAUGUUUCAAGAACCCAUAUCAAGAUUACCUGUAGAAGACUGGUCUAAAAUACCUCUUUGUUUUGACCCAGUACAGUACGAGACUUUACCCUGUCCUAGACCUUUACUCUACUACUGGCCUGUUGGUCGAAAACUGGUGAUAUGA